UUUCUAAUACCGCAGCCAGAUGGUACAAUGGUACUUCAACCAGCCACAAUGCAGAACCAGCUAUGUAAUCGAGCUACCGCUGCACCGACUUCCACGAUUUCUCUACUUCCACAAGCUUCGUCAAAAAUUCAACCACAACAGCACCAACAAACUCCUACUGGCGGCUUCAGUCAAUCAAUCGUUCAAACUGGAUUUAUCUCAGUUCCUAGGGGAGAUGAAACAGCUACGCUUUUCCAUUCUCCCGCUGCUGGAGGUAUUUGUGGUGGAGGCCAAUUCACGACUUCUGUCGAAGACGGCUCUGGAAGCGUUUCGGCGAACAGUGGAUCAAAUUCAGGGUUUAUUGAAUUUGUUGCUGCUAACGGAAUAGAUGGAUCACGAUCUAUAUUAUCAACUGACGAUUUGUCCAAGUGGAUACAAAGAGGUCCAAAUAACACGAAAGUGAUUGGAGGACGAGUGCACGCAAGUCAGCAAAUAUUCCAUCAACAUGCAUGCGUUGAUUCAGCGAAUUCAACAAUCAUCCAACUUCCACAAACCGCUAGCAGGGCUUCUAUUACUCAGCAACAGCAGAAGCAGCAAGUUGUGUUUCUGACAGCACCAAGUGGAAAUGGAAAUGCGACAACUGCAAAUCCUCAUGCCUCCUUCAGCAACGUCGUUGUUCAACAGACAACUGCUCUAGAACAAAGCCGUGGUGUGUGGACUGCGAGUUCGAAUACAACUGGUUCUGCAGUAACAGCAUUGACAAAUCCUUCUCAGAAUCAAUAG